UGCUCUACUAGUCUGCUGGAAAUCGAAGGAAGAACGAUGACAAAGCAAAAUGGCGUUUGACGGAAAAGGCCUAAACGUGGCCAUUAUUGUUUCUCUAUUUGUAUUUAGUGCAUACAUGUACGCAUAUAUGUCGUGUAGUAGAUGAAACAUUGUUAGUCAUUGUUUGUAUCCGGAUACAUUAGUCUGCGCGCACUUUAUCAAGUCUUGUGCUAGCUUAGCUUAGCGUGCUAGUUAGCUUAGCUUGUUAGCUGCUAACAAAGAGACGUGGACGUUAUCAACACAUCGCUAAGUAGAGAUCAAAUGUGAGUGUAAAGUGUUGUGAUUGUGUGAAAAUGUGCGAAAGGACGAUAGCAAAGUAUGAGGAGGAACUUUGUCCAACAAAAGAGGAGAAGGAGCGACAACAUCAACUACUGGACGCUGUUUUCAAGAAACAUCAAGUUGUGUUACACAGAACAGACGUCCAGCAGCCCCCCCACAUUAAAGAGGAAGAGGAGGAAUGUUGGAUCACUCAGGAGGAAGAGUGUCUUCUAGGGCAGGAGGAGGCUGAUCUCACCAAGUUUCCACUGACUGUUGUCUCUGUGAAGACUGAAGAGCAUGAAGACAAACCACCUGAGUCCUCACAGCUUCAUCACAGUCCAAACCUUGAUGAAGAAACUGUACCUCGUGAGCAAAAGGAGGAACCACAUUCCCCCCACAUUAAAGAGGAAGACGAGAUGCCACGGACCCAUAGUUUUAAACUGACCCUUCACAAGAAAGGGCAAGCGGAGGACCCACUGAUCUUACGCAUCAAAAAUGAAGAGGAGGACCCACUGAACCCUCACUUUAAGGAGCAAGAGAACCCACUGACCCCUCACAUUAAAGAGGAUGAGGAGGACCCACUGACCCCCUACUUUAAAGAGGAAGAGGAGGACCAAGAGGCGCCCCACAUUAAAAAGGAAGAGGAGGAACACAGCAUCAGUCAGCCUAAAUGGUUGGAGGAGUUCCCAGUGACUGGUGUCCCUGUGAAGAGUGAAGAUGAUGAGGUCAAAGGUGAAAGUGAGGAGAAGAGAGAGGCGGAGCCUCCAAGCAGCAGCUCAACACAACACAUGACAACAGAAGCUGAUGGAGACCACUGUGGAGGAUCACAAGCAGACAAGCUCUUAGCUCCACUAUCAGAUAGUGAGGACACAACGUCACACUCUCCUGACACUGAUGAUGAAGACUCUAAAGAUGAUGCAACAUGUCACACUGACAACACUCACUUCAAAUGUUCUCACUGUGACAAAACCUUCAACCGCAGUAGUGAUCUUAAUAGACACAUGAGAACACACACUGGAGAAAAACCAUUUUCCUGCUUAGAAUGUGGCAAAUGUUUCAUAGCAAGUCGAAAUUUGAAAUUACACAUGAGCACACACACCGGAGAAAAACCUUUUAUCUGUUCAAUCUGUGGUAAAGGUUUUGCUCAAAAUUCAUGUAUGGAAAAACACAGAAGAAUACACACUGGAGUAAAACCUUUUGUCUGUUCAAUCUGUAGUAAAGGGUUUGUCCAAAGUCACCAUUUGAAAAGACACAUGAGAACACACACUGGUGAAAAACCUUUUUCUUGCUCAGAAUGUGAUAAAUGUUUUGUAACAAGUCAGAAUUUGAAAUUACACAUGAGAACACACACUGGAGAAAAACCUUUUUGUUGCUCAGAAUGUGGUAAAUGUUUUGUAAAAGGUCAGAGUUUGGAAGUACACAUGAGAACGCACACCGGAGAAAAACCUUUUACCUGUUCAAUCUGUGGUAUAGGUUUUGCACAAAGGUCAUAUAUGGAAAAUCACAAAAGAAUACACACUGGAGUAAAACCUUUUAGCUGUUCAAUCUGUAGUAAAGAUUUUGUACAAAGUCACCAUUUGAAAAGACACAUGAUAACACACACUGGUGAAAAACCCUUUAUUUGUCCAAUCUGUAGUAAAGAUUUUGCACAAAGUCACCAUUUAAAUGUACACAUGAUAACACACACUGGUGAAAAACCCUUUAUCUGUUCAACCUGCGGUAAAGGUUUUACACAAAGUUGCGCUUUAAAAGUACACACGAGAACGCACACUGGCAAAAAACCUUUUUCCUGUUCAAUCUGUGGUAAAAGUUUUGCAGAAAUUCCAUAUUUGAAAAGGCACACUCGAACACACACUGGUGAACAAUCCAAACACAAAAGACAGAAGGUGUUGAGUUGCAGUGUGUGUGGUGAAAGAUUCUCUCAUAAGUACCAGUGUGAGAAACACAAGUGUGCUGGUGAGAACAGCAGCAGCAAAUGAAACUGCAGGAUUUGAAAUAAACUGUCAAGACUUUAAUUUGGACUUUCUAACAACAUCAGCACAUAUAACAUGUGUGACAUUGUUGUUUGUGUAACAAUCUUUUUAAUAUGCUUCUACAUUUAUAUAUUAGAUAUUUCAUAUUAGUGCUUUUUUCAGUCAAGUACAUGCAUUAAUAUGCAACAUAGUGUACUUUUACUACAAAUUGAACAGAAUAAUUUGACUGAAAAGGUGAGAGUAAACAGUACAAGACAUAUUUUACAUAAAAUAAACAUUUUAUGUGUGUAUAUAUAUUCAUGAUACAUUUUUAGACGUAUUCAUAAUAGUGUUUAUUUUUUUUAUAGAUGUUUGGAAUAUGGAAGUGUGACAUGUUUUUCUUUGUAAUUGUUAAUGAUGCCAUAGAUUAGCACCUUUUAUGUCAUUUCUGUGUGAUCAUGCUUUGUUUUAGUCAUGUUCGGUUUUGUUUUUGGACUCUUUGUGCACUUUUGUUUGUUUUGUCACCAUAGCAACCCACUAGUUUUCACCUGUCAUGUCACGCACCUGUUUCACGUUUUGAGUCACGCACCUGUUUUCACUGAUCAUGUCACUGCUAUUUAAGCCGGUCUGUUUCUGUUGUUCUUCCUGGUGACAUUAUCUAUCUAUCCAUCCAUGCUACUGCUACCCAUGAUAUUCCUUUUUACCAUAGUUCAUGCUUCAUGCCAUGCCACAGUAAGGGUUUUUGUUUCAUGUUCAUAGUUAAUUGCCUUUGUGCUAGUCUUUUGUUUUCAUUAUCCGCCAUUGUGCGUGCCUUUUGUUUGCUUCCUUUUUUGUAGUUUGUUAGUGUUAUAAAUAAUUCAUGUACUUACAUUCACGCCUUGCCCGCGCCAACUUUCCUUUGCAUUCCGGGAAAACAAACCCCAAGGUCCACGUAUUGACACUUUAAAUGAUAUACAUAUGCACUGGUUCACAUCUGAAACGUCUUCUGGACCACUUCAGGAAGCAUAUUAUUAUUUACUUUAUACAUCAUUUGAACAGUUGUCUUUUAUACAAUUUUAAAAUGUGUGACUUUAUGAAUCAUUUGUUGGGUCUCUAUAAUCAAUUGUAUUAAUUAUCUUUAUCACUCUCUUUUGUAAUAUGAUGAUUGUGUUGUGAUUGUUUUACAUGUAUGUCCCCAGACCUUUAUGUGAUAUAAAAGUGAGA